AUACAUGUUAUCGGCACAGCGUCCUGGAACCCCGAAAAUGCUUUUAUUCCAUCUUCACCCUGCUACCGUACAUAAAACGCGACUCUUCCUCUCGCUCGCUCGGCCCCUCUGCCUAUACAGCUGGAUAUUGUGGACGACUGGUCACGUGAGAGGCAUCCACAUGUUUCUCCCACCGGGACACGACGCACAGCUCCAAGAUGACGCUCUCGGCUGAGCAGCUGCACGUCUUGGCUAUCGUCGAGCGCUCGGCUUCUGUGCUCUCUAUUCUUGGGAUUUUUACGAUUAUCGGCACGUUUUGCUUCUCGAGGCAGUUCCGGAAUCCGAUUCAUAGGAUUAUUUUUAUCAAUGCGUUUUAUAACCUCUUUGAUGUUACGGCUACGACUAUAUCUCUCAGUGGUCCUCGGGCUGGGAACCAUUCGGCGCUGUGCCAGUUUCAGGGGUUCUUGUUGCAAAUGUUUCCGCUGGCAGAUGUGCUUUGGACACUCGCUAUGGCCUGUGAUGUGUUCUUGAUUGUAUUCUAUAAGUACGAGACGGAAGAUCUGCGCAGGCUCGAGCUGAAAUAUGCUGUGGGAAUAACAACUGUGGUCUUUAUUCCUGCCUUGACCUUUCUCUUCAUUCAUACACCUGAAAAAGGGCCCAUAUACGGCAGUGUCACACUUUGGUGUGCAAUAUCUCCCAAAUGGGUACUCUUCCGAAUAAUCUUCUAUUACGGACCAAUAUGGUUGAUAAUCUUCAUCACCUUCAUACUCUACGGCCUCGUCGGGAUAGAAAUCAUCAAGCAAAGACGAAUGCUCGAAUCCAUCAGCAACGACUACCUCGACCUAGACACCAUGGGAUCCGCCGCCGACACUCUCCACUCUCCCGAAACCAUCGACGCCGAAAUGGCCAUGGCAGCCAAAGAAGCCCGCGGAUCUAUCUCAAUCACAAAUUCCGUCCCGCAUAUGAGUCCAUCCGACGCCAUCGCCUUGCAAAAUACACCCCGCAGCCGCAGCCGCUCGCCUGUCUCGUUCAGAAACUAUAUACUCAUGCCGCUGAUGUUUUUUGUUGUCUUAUUAGCGAUUUGGGUUGCGCCUACAACGAACCGGGUGGCGUCUUUGGUUAAUCCUGGUUUUGUGUCGGAUCCGUUGCUCCUUGCUGUUGGUGCAACGGGGUCUUUGCGUGGAUUUUGGAAUGGGGUUGUUUUUGUGACGCUGGGAGCGAAGGAGCGAAGGAGGAGGAAUACGAUGAAGAAUUGGCGUGGGUGA